CGGGGCUGGACGGGUCCGGGGCGUGGCUGACGGCGUGGACACAGCCGCGCGGCGGCUCCUUUAAAUCCCGGGCGCCACCCCGCCGCCCCGCCUCCCGCCUGGGUUUAGCUAGCGGCCGGGACCUAGCCGCGCGAGCCGCGAUGGAGCUGCACAUCCUAGAGCACCGGGUGCGGGUGCUGAGUCUCGCCCGCCAGGGUCUCUGGCUCUACACCCAUCCGCUCAUCAAGCUGCUUUUCCUGCCCCGCCGCAGCCGGUGCAAGUUCUUCAGCCUGACCGAGACCCCUGAGGAUUACACGCUCAUGGUGGACGAGGAGGGCUUUAAAGAGCUGCCCCCAUCCGAGUUCCUGCAGGUGGCGGAUGCCACGUGGCUGGUGAUGAACGUGUCCUCUCACAGUGGUGGGGCAGUGCAGGCUGCUGGGGUCACCAAGAUCGCGCGCUCCGUCAUCACGCCGCUGGCCGAGCACCACGUGUCCGUGCUGAUGCUGUCCACUUACCAGACGGACUUCAUCCUGGUGCGGGAGCAGGACCUGUCCGUGGUGAUUCACACUCUGGCCCAGGAGUUUGACAUCUACCGUGAGGUGGGCGGGGAGCCUAUGCCUGUUGCUAGGGAAGAUUCCAGCAACGGCUUUCCCCGCACCCAGCAUGCAGGGCCCAGUCCCACGGUGCAUCCCAUUCAGAGCCCGCAGAACCGCUUCUGUGUCCUCACAGUGGACCCUGAGACGCUGCCAGCCAUGGCCACCACCCUCAUCGAUGUCCUCUUCUACUCGCAUAGUGCCCCCAAAGAGGCAGCCUCUGGCAGCCCCGAACCCAGCUCCAUCCCAUUCUUCGCCUUCUCCCUUAUUGAGGGAUACAUCUCCAUUGUCAUGGACGCCGAGACGCAGAAAAAGUUCCCCAGUAACCUCCUGCUGACCAGUUCUUCCGGGGAGCUGUGGAGGAUGGUGCGCAUCGGGGGACAGCCCCUGGGUUUUGAUGAAUGUGGGAUCGUUGCCCAGAUUGCUGGUCCCCUGGCUGCGGCUGACAUCUCUGCCUACUACAUCAGCACUUUCAACUUUGAUCAUGCUCUGGUGCCUGAGGAUGGCAUCAGCAGCGUCAUCGCUGUCCUCCGGCGAAGGCAGGACGGCUUGGGCUCCUAAGGCUGAGAGGGAGCAGAGCUGGUGCCUGGCUCUCUGUCACCAUGGACUUCCAGAGACUUCUUUAAGCUAUUUCCUCAAUCUCUGGUUCCUGCGUGGGGACCCCUUGUUCCGCUCUCUGUACGUAAGCUGCAAGUGGCACUGCUCUCUAACAGACAUGUGUGUGCACCUCCAGCUGGAGUGGGCAGGUGCUGCCCAUGUGUGUCUGCCCGUGCAGGGAAACACGGUGCUCGGGGCCUACGCCCCAAACUCAUCACUCUCUGCGCGGCCUCAGCAUUUGCACAGUCCCUGCUUGAGGCCGGAGCCAUUUCCCUCUCCCUCCCUGGGGCCUGCUGCCCCCCAGGAGGGCUGCGAUCCCUCUGUCUGGCUGGGGUGCCUUCCUGGCCAGGCGAGUUCUGACAGUGCCCCCCUGUCCCACGGCCUCUAAGAAAGGUAUUUUUACAUCUCUCUCUUCUAAUUGAGUAUUAAUAAAGGACUUUAUACUGA